AUGAAACUCCCUCCUCCAGCCAUCAUGGCCAGUUGGCCAAAACCAAACUACAUCAAUCCCGAGAGUCGUGGGCACGGAGUCGCUUAUGUGAAUGCCAUUUUCACCGCACUUGCUUUUGCAGUAGUCAUGCUUCGCAUGUACACUCGUGCCUGGAUCACCUACAGCGUUGGUACAGACGACUGGCUCAUCUUUGCGGCUUUGAUCUUCACAAUCGGCAUGGUAGCCGUGACGACACUGGCAACGGAAAACUGGGGAUGGAAUCGCCAUGUCUGGGAUGUGCCUCCACCGUGGUUGUCCACUGUGCAAAAGCUCAACAUCGCCUUUCAGAUCCUCUACUCUCAAGCAACGAGUCUUACCAAAAUCUCCAUUCUGUGGUUUUGUCGACGUCUCCUCGGCGCAGGAAAGAAGGGAGGAAUGCAGUGGUACAAUUGGACUUUUCUUCUGGCCAUGUUUGUCGCGGGAAUGGCGAAUGUGCUCUUUACCAUCACGAGUAUCUUUCAAUGCGCACCGAUCAAGGCGUAUUGGACGGUGGGCCCGAAAUUCAAACAUCACUGUUUGAAUGAAGGCAAUGUUCUUUUUGCCGCUAGUGUCAUCAACCUCUUCACCGAUUUCAUGACCACAGCGGUGCCUAUGCCCCUGAUUUGGCGACUUAAGCUGCCCGUCCGCCAACGCCUUGCUGUCAUGUCUAUCUUUGGUCUCGGUGUGUUGGUCACUGUCGCGGGUUCCGUUCGAACGGCUUUCGUAUGGCAGAGUAUGGUCGUAGGCUAUGAUAGAACGUGGCUCAGUUGGCCCAUUCUGAUCGCCGCGUCGGCCGAGAUCAACAUUGGCCUGAUUUGUGCCUGUGCGCCUGCUCUCCGUCCACUCGUCAUUCACUGGUUCCCUCAGCUUGACAGCAGUCACGGCAAUUCAAGCUAUGCCGGUAAUCAGCCCAGCGGGUCUUCCAAACCAUGGCUAUCUACUGGGCGCUCUCAGAAAAGUCAUCCUAUGCCGGACGUGGACGAGUUGCCAAGUGCCAAUGUCGGUUACGAGGAUGACCGGGAUGGGAUCAUGCGAACGGUUGAGCUGGAGGCCUGGUCAGAGUCCCGACCCAAGCACGGCCAGUUGAUGGGCCAUUCCUAUGAGAUUCACCCUACCGACCGGUCUCAAUCUCCCUCUAGUCUUGAAAUGAAAGAGGAGAUUACCGUCUUCUCCUCCGCAAGCAGUGACAAAUCGUCUCGUGCGUUGGCCCGGGAAGAGGCCCAUCGCGUACACGGAUGGUCAUAG